GCAAACACACGAGCGUGUCUGGGUGUAAUCUCAAUUAAACACUGAAUAUUUGUGUAUGUGAUACUGUAGUGAGUGAUGGAUUCAGAGUAUGUGAGGAAGAGUUUGGGUCGAUGUCUCGCGGAGGGUUUGACUGAAAUCACUGAACAGAGACCACUGGAUCCCAUUGAGUUCCUCGUGCACUGGAUCCACAAAUACAAACUCAACAAUGACGUCAUGCAACAGAGAUCCACCUAUCAGAGACAGUUAGAGGAUGAGAAGCGUCGAGUCCGAGAGGAAUCAGUCCAUCAGAAACUCCUGCAGGAGGAACAGAAGGACAUCAGAGCUGUUUCUUCUGCUCUUACAGAAGAGUCGGAACCUGCUGUGAGAUCCAGCAGAGAUGCGUCUGAAGCUCAUGAGAUCAGGACAGAAAGCGCUCCUGACGAUCAGACGUCCACAGAUCCACAGAUGGAGGAAGUGAAUGACAUGUCAGAGCGAUCAGAUGUGAUGAAUGACAGCAGUGCAGCAGAACAGGCGGUUCAUGAGGAUGACGCAGAUCAUGUGGAACAGACCUCUGAGGUCCCGAGUGAUCCACAGGGUGAAAGUGAAGCCGACGGAUCUGAAGCCAAUCCAGUUCAAGAGAAUGAAGCGAAAUCAGAUGAAGGUUCGGAUGAGAGACAGACAGAAACAGAGGAUCGUCAGUCAGAGAACACGCUGAUGAAUCCGGAAACAGACAGAGGUGAGGCUGGAGACCAGGACCACACAGUCACACCUGAGGAUUCAGCUCAACGUGUGGAACGAGAGGAGGAAGAGAAGAGAACCUGAAGAUCACUUCAAACCAUCAUCACACACAUUUACAUCAUAUCUGUGUGUUUCUGUUGCUGUUCAUAAUAAAUAUUUAGAAUUUUAGACAUUAUCUGAUCUCACAAAUCCUUUUACC